CAGAGGGCUGGAAGACAGCAGUUGGAAGUUGGCAGGUGGAAAGGCAGCCAAAAUUUCUCAAACUUCGCGAAGAGGACUCUGCUGAGCCAUGGCCGAGACACUCUUGUCAGAGUAUCAGCACCAGCCUCCAACUAGCAACUGUACAGGUGCUGCUGUUGUCCAUGAAGAGCCGAAGCCCGAGCGCCCCCCAGGAGCGGAGGAGCGGGUGCCCGAGGAGGACAGUAGGUGGCAAUCGAGAGCGUCCCCCCAGGCCGGUGGCCGUCCAGGGCCGGAGGGGGAAGGGGCCCUGGAGCUCCAGCCGCAUCCCCUGAAGACCCACGCCUGUCCAGGAUCAAGCUGCCUGGAGACAGGCGAGAAGGGCCAGAAUGGGGACGACUUGUCCACCGGCGGCGCCUCCCCGGCGGCUGGAGGGGAGCCGAUGUCCGAGCCGCUCGCCCAGUCGUGUCAUGACUCCGAGGCCAACAAGUUGGGGGCUCCUGCCACUGGGGGCGAGGAGGCGCUGGGGCAGCAGCAGAGACAGCUGGGCAAGAAGAAGCACAGGAGACGGCCCUCCAAGAAGAAGCGGCAUUGGAAACCUUACUAUAAGCUGACAUGGGAAGAGAAGAAAAAGUUCGACGAGAAGCAGAGCCUGCGAGCUUCGAGGGUUCGAGCCGAAAUGUUCGCCAAGGGCCAGCCUGUCGCACCCUACAACACCACUCAGUUCCUCAUGGAUGAUCACGACCAGGAGGAGCCGGACCUCAAAACAGGUCUGUACCCCAAGCGGGCCGCCGCCAAGCCUGAGGACACCAGCGAUGAGGACUUCAUGGAGGAAGCAGGUGAGGAGGACGGAGGCAGCGACGGGAUGGGAGGGGACGGCGGCGAAUUUCUGCAGCGGGACUUCUCAGAGACCUACGAGCGGUACCACGCGGAGAGCCUGCAGAACAUGAGCAAGCAGGAGCUCAUCAAGGAGUACCUGGAGCUGGAGAAAUGCCUCUCCCGCAUGGAGGACGAGAACAACCGGCUGCGGCUGGAAAGCAAGCGGCUGGGCGGCGGUGGCGAGGACGACGCGCGAGUGCGGGAGCUGGAGCUCGAGCUGGAUCGGCUGCGCGCCGAGAACCUCCAGCUGCUGACCGAGAACGAAGGGCACCGACAGCAGGAGCGGGCGCCGCUUUCCAAGUUUGGAGACUAGACUGAAAACUUUUGGGGGGAGGGGGCAAAGGGGACUUUUUACAGUGCUGGAAUGUAACAUUAUAUACAUGUGUAUAUAAGACAGCGGACCUUUUUAUGACACAUAAUCAGAAGAUAAAAUCCCCUCUGGCUUUGGUUUGGUAAAUUUAGCCAUGAUGUAGCUUGCGUGCUUUCUCCUGUUGCUUUAAUUAUGUGAAUCUGAAGAGUUGCUUUUCUUGUUUUCCUCUUUAGAAAUUGUUUCUUAAUAUGUAAGUAAUUUGACCAAGUUAUAAUGCAUUUUUCUGUUAAAAAAAAAUCCCCUCCUUAAACGGAGCUAUAACGUGGCCAAAUCUGAGAACCAUUUAAAUUCAUUCUAGUUAUAAUAAUAAAUAUUUGUAAAUGUAA